AUGGGCAGCUGCAGGGGCGCAGCAGCAGCAGCAGCAGGCAGGUUCAUAACGAAGUCCGAAGUCCGGGUCUUUUCGAGGGUGCUGGGGCUGCUGGGGCUGCUGCUGCUGCUGCAGCGGGCGCUGCUGUGGGCCGCGGGAAAGCUGCUGCUGCGGCAGCGGCGGGUGGAGCCGUUUUACGGUGGAGACGCAGCAGCAGCAGCAGCAGCAACAGAGGACUCGGGAGGCGCAGCAGCAGGGGAGCCCUUGGGAGAGGCAGCGGAGGAGAGCCCGAGGGCGGCGGAGGAAGCAGCAGCGGCGCAGCAAGCCGCAGCAGCAGCAGCAGCAGCAGCAGCAGAGGCGCGCGAAGAGGAGCAGCAGCUGUACCCGGGCCUGGGGGAAGCAGCAGCAGCAGCAGCAGCAGCCGCGUCGGACAGGAAUAUUAGCAGCAGCAGAACCUGUCUUGAGUUUUGCUGA